AUGGCCAAAAAAACCUUCUUAUUUUCCAGAUAUGUUUUUACGAUAGCAAGCCCUGUUAUUCACCUACCCAAACGUCAGUACACUUGCACACCUUCAGAGCUCGAAACAUGGUUAAUAAGAAAAAAAAAUAAGAAUAGGGUGACAAUGAAAAUAACCCAAAAACGUUUGAAAGGAAAUAGUUCCCAUGCUAAUCCGCUUCCUCCUACGGUAGUGAAAAAAAACAUUCCAAACAAAUUAAGAAAAAAAAAUAGUACUAAGCCCGCCUCCUUAUGUAAAAUUGAGAGUAAAGAAGAUAUGCCAAGCUCAAAGGUCGAAGAAGUAAGUAUUUUUGAUAUUUCUCAUUUUUCAAAUAAAGAAAAUAUUCCGAUUUUUUAUAAGGACAAUGAAAUGUUUGAAAAAACUGAAAACAUUUCUAGGGAUAAUUAUAUGCCUUUACAAGAAAGCAGCAAACAUAAUUGCAGCUUAUUAGGCCCAAUUCAAUAUUUAAAUUAUGAAACUGGCAAUUUAAAAAAAAAUGAAAGUAUAAAUUAUAAUAACAAUGUUGAUUUAUGUUCACCAAUAUUAAGAUUUGAUGGGGAUGAUGUUGAAAUUGUAGAUGAGGAAUCAAGUGAGGAUGAGUUUGAGUUUAUAUUAGAACAAGAAUUAAUUAAGGAGCAAAUUAAAAGAAACACCUGCAUGUCUUCUAACAAUGAUACUUACAUUAAUACAUUAGUUGAAGGUUUCAGCAAUGAAAUCAGUUUAGAAGAGCAAGGAAAUUUAAUUUUAAAUGCAAUUAGAACUAAUCGUAAAUUAGCUGAUUUUUGUGUGACCCUUGAGACAGCUCUCGUUAAAAAAUUAGAUAAAUUAACCAAAGAAUUUCAGCACUUAAAAGUAGAUUGUUCGAAUUCUGUUGACGAUGGAGACACUAUUGUCAGUAGAGGCUUUUAUAGCCAAUUUGGUGCCCCUUAUUUCAAAGAUUCUUCAGGAUUUUACUGUCCAAGAAAUCAAGAUUUUAAGGAUAAGCUAUCUAAAAACCAGUUUAUCGGUUAUCUGUACAUGCAAACAGAUCAUACUGCCGAUAUUACUGCAUUAUCUAAUGCUAUAAGAGAAUAUAUUAUAGACGAUUAUGUGAAAAAAUCUAAUCUUGUUAAUUUAAAAAAAAAUUGUUCAGAAGUUGAUAAUUUAGCACAACAAGAAGUAAUCUCAAAGGAGAUUAAUUUUAUUAAAAGUAAAAUUGCUUAUAUGAAAUCUGUUGAUUUGAAAUUUUUAGUAAAAGAUAUAUCUGAUUCAGAUAUUGACUGGAUGAAGAUAUCAUCAAAGGAAUCUCUUGACAUUCUUACUCCUGGUGAAUGUUUGAGAUAUUGGAAUUUAAUUUUAUCUCCUAAAGUUAAUAGAGGAACUUGGACACAGCAAGAAAAAAAAGAACUGAAAAAAUUGGCAAUACAGUCCAAUUAUCAAAAUUGGGAUAAAAUAGCAGAAUUACUUAACACAAAACGAACCGGAUAUCAAUGCUUUAUUCAGUUCAAAAAACAGUUUGGAAUGGUAGAUUUCAAUAGAGGCCGCUGGAGUAAAAAGGAAGAUGUCCAGUUGUCUUAUCUGGUUAGCAUAAGUGAACAGGGAGGUGUAAUUGGAUGGGCAAAGGUUUUAUGUCAUUUGGAAGACAGGACAAUGGCCCAAGCUUUAAACAGAUGGUACCGCUUAGAUCCAGGUUUAAAGAAAGGUAAAUUCACUGAUGAAGAAGAUAUUAUUUUAGUAAAUGCUGUUGAACAGUUUGGUCUUGAUUUUCAAAAAGUUGCUUCUGUGUUUCCCAACAGAUCAGCAAUCCAAUUAAGAGAAAGAUAUUUUGCAAAACGAGACAUGAAAGUUAAUAAAUGUGGUGAAUGGUCUUUAGCAGAAGACAAACUUCUUAUGGAUUUAAUUGCUGUUCAUGGUGAAAGAAAAUGGUCAAAGAUAGCUGAGAACUUUCCUUCCAGAAAUAGGAUCCAAAUCAGACAUAGAUAUAAGUGCAUCAAAUUAAAUUUGCUAAAAGAUCCAGGAUUUAAACUUGAGAAUCUAAAUAGGUUUAAAAGAAAUACUCAUGUAAAUGCAAAAAACAAACGUGAUGAAGCAGCUAUAUCAAAAAGCACAGCUAUUGAUAUCAUCAGUAAAACUAUUGAAGAAGGCAAAAUAUUUUACAACAAGAGGAGGAUUUUGAAAAGAACUGGAAGAUUGAAAGAGAGAGGUUAA